CACUUCCUGCCCGAACAGUUCAGUUCAGGAAGAAGAAAUAAUGGCGACGCUUCUGGGGUCCGAGUCCUCCUGUACUGGGGGAAAUCGAAGAAUUUGCAACGGCAGCAUUGUCACAAAGUUCACGGCUAGUAAAAUUACUGGUCAGGGUUUCAGUCGAGGGACGGAGCUCCCAGGAGGCCUGCUCCAGGAGAGAGAUAAACGGGCCAAGUGGUAUGGCAUCCCUACUCUGCUGCAGAGGCUCUACGAGAGCAGCCAUCCUAACAGCGACCUCUCCAACGCUCACAGAUUUCUUAAGGUAUUAUCAUCCCAGCUCUCCGUGGAGGCCAUGUCUUUUGUCACGGAGGACAGGAAGACUGCUCAGGAAUCUAGCUUCCCCAACACGUACACCUUUGACCUCUUUGGUGGAGUACAUCUGCUUGUGGAGAUCUUGAUGAGACCCACAUUAACUGUGCAGACGACAAACAACAAUACAGUGAAUGACGACCUGGUCAAGGACUGCCUUAGUGUUCUCUACAACUGUUGUAUAUGUACUGAGGGGGUCACAAAAAGCCUGGCAGCGAGGGAUGACUUUGUGCUCUUUCUCUUCACCCUGAUGACUAACAAGAAGACCUUCCUACAGACCGCUACCCUAAUUGAAGAUAUUCUUGGAGUCAAAAAGGAGAUGAUCCAUUUGGAGGGAAUCCCCAACCUGUCGGGCCUGGUCCAAAGCUUUGACCAACAGCAGCUCGCCAACUUCUGCCGCAUCCUAUCCGUCACCAUCUCGGAGCCUGACGUCGGAAACGACGACAAGCACACCCUAUUGGCCAAGAACGCACAGCAGAAAUGCAACGCUAGCCCGUCUCGGGCAGAGGUCAACCAGGUAACGCUGCUGAACAUCCCUGGCUUCAUUGAGCGGUUGUGUAAGCUGGCCACUAGGAAGGUCUCUGAGGCCACAGGAGCAAACUUCCUGCAGGAGCUGGAGGAAUGGUACACGUGGCUGGACAAUGCUCUGGUGCUGGACGCCCUCAUGCAGAUGGCUAACGAGGAGGCUGAACAAAGCAGCACAGAGUCCUCAGAUGAGAGCUCCCUGGCCACCAGCCCUCUGAGACAUCGACUGCCGCAGUCCAUGAAGAUCGUCCAUGAGAUCAUGUAUAAGGUGGAGGUGCUCUACGUGCUAUGUGUCCUUCUUAUGGGCCGACAGAGGAACCAGGUCCACAAGAUGCUGGCUGAGUUCCGUCUCAUCCCGGGACUUAACAAUCUGUUUGACAAACUGAUCUGGAGGAAAUACACCACCUCAAAUCAUGUGGUCCAUGACCAGAAUGAGAACUGUGACUGUAGUCCGGAAAUAUCCUUCAAAAUCCAAUUCCUGAGGCUACUUCAGAGUUUCAGUGACCACCACGAGAACAAAUACCUCCUACUAAAUAGCCAGGAGUUGAACGAACUAAGCGCCAUAUCCAUGAAGGCCAACAUCCCAGAGGUGGAAGCACUAGUCAACACAGACCGAAGCCUAGUGUGUGAUGGGAAGAAAGGCCUCCUCACGCGCCUCCUCACCGUCAUGAAAAGGGAGCCUCCAGACUCGUCGUUCAGGUUCUGGCAGGCAAGGGCAGUGGAAAGUUUUCUCAGAGGAGCCACCUCCUACGCAGACCAGAUGUUCCUCCUGAAGAGGGGACUGCUGGAGCACAUCCUGUUUUGCAUCAUAGACAGUGGCUGUACAUCAAGAGAUGUCCUCCAGAGCUACUUUGAUCUGCUGGGAGAGCUUAUGAAGUUCAACAUUGAUGCCUUCAAAAGAUUCAACAAAUAUGUAAACACCCCCAAGAAGUUUCAGACCUUCCUGACGCAGAUCAACAGUUCUCUGGUGGACUCCAACAUGCUGGUGCGCUGCAUUGUCCUUUCGUUGGACCGCUUUGAAAAUCUGACUGAAGAUGUCAAAGUGGUGGAGGUGCUCUCUGAAUGCUGCCUGCUGUCCUACAUGGCCAAAGUUGAGAACAGGCUGUCCUUCCUAUUCCGACUCAUCAACAUCAUUAACGUGCAGACGCUCACACAGGAGAAUGUGAGCUGUUUAAACACCAGCUUGGUGGUCCUGAUGCUGGCCAGAAGAAAGGCUAAACUGCCCUUCUACCUCAACGCGCUGCGCGAAAAGGAGUACGCUGAGAAGUACCCCGGCUUCCUGCUCAACAACUUCCACAACUUACUGCGCUUCUGGCAGCGGCAUUACCUCAACAAGGACAAAGACAGCACCUGUCUAGAGAACAGCUCCUGUAUCCCCUUCAGCUACUGGAAGGAGACGGUGUCGGUGCUGCUGGGAUCAGAUAGGACUUCCCUGUGUGCCAUAGCAAGCUACAUUGACGAGCCCUUCAUGGAUCUUGACAGAGACGUGCUGGAAGAUUGACCUCCUGUGUGUGCGGUGUGAGUGCAUGGGAGGUCGGGGGGGCGGGGUGGAGGGGGGGGGGGGGGGCGGUGUUGGGACAGGGCAGGCGGCCAGAGGGAGCAUGGACACCUAAAGCUGGUGAAGACUCCCGCGGAGCCACCCGGGCGCUAUGUGACUGCGUUGUGGAUGUAAAGACUGUUUCUCGUCUGUAACGUCCCUUCAAGGCCGUACUGCGAGGUGAUUGGACGUAACUCGCCGGGCUGUCAUCUCCUCACCAAGUACUGAACUCUUCUUCAGAGGAAGAGGUGGAAACCAGUACUCCCUCCCCAGAUCUCUGUCACCGUUUUAACACACAAUUAAGGGUAAUGACGCCUGCAUUGGUUGUUUGCUUUAGGUGAAAUUCAAAUAGAGCCUUUUUUUUAUAUAACCUACAUAAAAGUCUAUGAAAAAAAAAAAAUGUAUGAUUCAAGCAAAGUAUAUGUCAGAAAAAUUCUCCUUUCACGCAGACGUUGUUUGGGAACGGGCGGCGCCGCUGUGCGGACAUGCAGGUCUCGGGGGGGGGGGGGGGUCACCCCUCCACUACCUGCACACACUCUGUUGACGCCAUGCCACUCCACUGCUUGGGGAGAGGGAGUGGGGUAGUUUUCUCAAUGAGCAUUUUUUCUUUUAACCCGUCUAUGGGUCUCUUUUAUUAGGUGGCUCCUGUUGAGUGGUGCUUUCUGGCUCCACUCGGCACAUUCAGGAACCCUGCGCGGCUCCUCUCACCUUAAACCAUCCACCUCGUUGUGGCUUCAUCCAGGGACUUGUUUCUUCACCCCGUUGUUUUUGUGGAUUUACUUUUGUGUUGUUGAAAACAAUGGAUUUUAGCUCUGGAUGAACUGUAGAAUAAAACAUUGCACAGAUUACAUUGUUUUUAUUGUUUAUGUUUUACCAUAUUUUGUUCAUUAAAAACAUUUUCAUUAUGUAACAGAACUUGUAUCCCUGUUGUGACCGAUGCUUGGGAGGAGAAUAAACUAUGCAGGCGCUAGUGUUAACAAACCGCUCUACUUGUUCCAAUACAGACAAAUUGUAUGUGACGCAAGGCUCGUGCCUCACACCCUCAGCUUUGGGUUGAGCUUCUACGUUUGACUGCAUGCUGAGAUGUGACGGCUGUGUUUGCAUCGCACCACUUGGGCUUUGGUUUGGAUAAAGAUGAAGUUUUGGGGCCUGACUGUGCAGGUGUUUUUAUUGAAACGGAAGAUGCAGAGCUAAUCCGGUGUCUCGAAAUUAAACCGACCCGAUACAAGUACAGAUGGAUGAGCUACCUCAUUUUUUUUGUCCCGACGCGUACGGAUUAAACCACUUCUAACGUCAAGUGUACAGUUUCACUCCCAGCAUGUCAUGACUCAUGUGAAUGUACAGGGGCAUUUCUACAGUUACCCCGAUGCCGUGAGUUGCUAGUGCUAUGCCGCCUUGGGAUGCAGACACAAAACGUCCUGUACACUUUGAAAGCCUUUCAUUUGCUUUAAAGCUAAUUAACCAGAGCUGUUUAUCUCCUUUUUUUUUGCCCUAGCUUACAUUCAGCAUGUCUUGCAUCUCUUGAUGGUUGUGCACAUAUUUCGAAUUAGGUCAUCUUUUGUGCUUUGCAGUGGAGUUGAUACAAGUACACUUUACAAGUGCUUCUCUCUUAGAAAUUCUUGUUUGCUGGAUGCCUGAAAUAAUUGCCAUGGUUUCAUCUGCAGUGGUGUUUAUAUUCCUAGUAUGUUCUCAUUGAUGCAAACCUCUGAUCACUCCAGUCUUCUACCACGGAAGUCGGUAGAAAAACAUGAAUGUUGUGAGCGCUCUUCUGGAGCAACUAUAUAAACAACCUCUGAACCGUGACUUCUGUAGCUUUGUGAUCUACAUGACAUGCACAUGAGAAAUGGUUCCUAAGACUUAUGCUGUAUGUAGUGUGAUGCUCCUAGUUGGCCUUAGAUUUCAUCCAUUCAUUUGUACAGAAAAUGGUGACGCGGUAUCCCCCUCGACCAAGAACAUGCUGCGCAGUGCAACACACUUCCCUGAAGCUGACUUUAUUUACUGGACAUGAAGACGAUGUUUUGCAUCAGCUUUUGAACUCAAUAAACUGACCAUAUGGUGCUUUUUUUUUUUUUUAAUCAAAUAAGAUUGUCACCUCACCAUGAGCGAUGACCUCUGUCACUUGGAAGCGACUUUUAAUAGAUGCGAGCAGUGGAUACUGUUGAUGGUGUAAACUCGUAACUAUUCAAUUUUAGGUAAGGACCCAUGUUUGUUCAUGUGUUGCAUUGCAUAGUGCAUAAAUCCCACAUGGUUAUUUUAAUCUUUUCCUUGACCAUGGUUGACUGGUCAAUGACAAACGGAGAAGAUGUUUUAGGUUUCACAUUCUACUAUAGCUACUUCUGUAACCAUCUUUCACGUGUUCCUCUGAUGCUGGUAUUUAAACUUCAUUUUCAUUAUUUAACAGCUGUUUGUCAAAUUAAUGAUAUAAUAAAUUCUUCUUUAGACCUUU